CCCCAACCGGCCAGGUAGACAAGGCGCAGAUGGCGAGUACCGGUACAGCACCCACAAUUCCGACCGAAUUCCAGCAGUACAAUUCCUAUGUAACCGAUCCCAAGUGGCAGCGCAAGUUCUCCAUUAUAUGGGCCUCGUUUGCUGCAGCAGCAUUCGUCCUGUCUUUGCCUCAUUUUUUGCGGGCCCUCAGGAGGAAGCAGCUGUUUCGUGGAUUUUUUGGCGUCUCGGAGGAUCUGAGAGGGAAGCGGUACACUUAUAUCGCCUCCAAUGAGAAGGAACCUAGCCAUGGGAGGCGAACAUAUUAUGCAGUUGCUGAGACGAUUCAAGGGCUGUUUUGGUGGGACUUUCCCUACGUAGGCCUGAGUCUUGGACAGGCGCUUCUGGUUGCUGGGUAUCUCGCAUGUGCAAUAACCUGUAUGACCCUGCACGUUCCACUUAUCACCAAUCCCAACCGUGCCGGAUUUCUCGCCCUGGCGCAAUUUCCUGUUGUGUUCCUUUUUGCAACGAAGAACUCCGUAUUGUCGCUAUUGUUGGGUCCUGGAAAUGGCUACGAGAGACUGAACUUCCUCCAUCGCUGGGCUGGCCGGGGCAUGCUGAUUGGAGGCCUGCUUCACGGGGCUCUAUGGAUUCGUAACCAUCUGGUAUACGACAUUCCCAUCAUAGGGCAGCAGAAGGAGACGUCCGGCGUGGCAGCGCUUGGCGUGCUGUGCAUUCUUGCCUUGACUUCGCUGAGACUUGUGAGGCGAUACCUAUACGAGUUCUUCUUCAUCACUCAUGUUCUGGGCUACGUUGCCUUCACGAUCACGAUAUGUUACCACACGACGUACGCAUACACGUGGAUCUACGCACCUCUGGCCUUCUACGGACUUGACAUGUUCCUGAGGCUACUGCGAUAUCGCAUCAAGGAUGCGACCUUGGUGCCAGUUGAUGGUGGCAUGACACUCAUCCAUGUACAUGAUUGCGUUGAAGGAUGGCAACCGGGCCAGCAUGUCCGCCUAAGAGUUUUCUUCUCCGGCCGCUUUUUCGAGUCGCAUCCUUUAACGAUCAUCAACGCCCCGUCGUCGCUUUCGUGUGCCCAGACGCCGACACUCGCCCUCAGUGCUAGAGUUAGGGGAGACUGGACACGGGCCCUCAAUCGUUAUGCCAUGAAGGAGCGGGAUCGUCUUGGAAAAAGCGAGAAGGAUGGGCAGCCCGGCGUCGCGGUGCAAGUGAUGCUCGAUGGGCCGUAUGGCGGCUGUGGAGUUGAUCUGGGUAGAUAUGAGUGUGCAUUCCUCAUAGCUGGUGGAUCUGGAGCGAGCUUCACCCUCAGCCUCCUGGACGAUAUCGUCGCGAGAUGUGUGAAGCUUGGGAGAUCUGGCGGAGAGAAGACUACACGCGUCGAAUUCGUUUGGUACAUCCCCUCAACCGAAUGUGCAGAGUGGUUCUAUUUGAUGCUCACUGAGAUCGUCGAGGUCACAGACGGGACGUCCCUCGACCUCCACAUCUCCAUCUUCAUCACUCGACCUUGCAAGCUCGAAACCUCCGUGACCAUUCCAAAGGCGGAUAUCACCGUAUCACGACCGUCUGUCGGUUCUCUCAUGCGCGACUUCUUGUACAAUGCAAACAAUGCAAAGGAUAUCGAAGACGUCAGUGCGUCUUCACACUCGCAGGCAGAGUCGGGUUCGAUUGGCUCCGGUGGAGGAGUCGCCAUAUGCGCUGCAGGACCGGAUUCCCUCAUGGUUGAGACCCGUAAUGCUGCUGCGAUGCUAUCCGUUAGCCGAGGGAUUGCCCUGGGAUGGAUAGGGUUACAUACAGAAUCGUUUGCGCUGUAAAUGUAUGGAAUGUAAAUGCAAUCAUCUUCAUGCUCCGAUCAUUGAUAUCAUAUGUGGAUGGCG